GAGCGGCGUGGGAGCUGUGGCCUCUUGUGCACGUGUGAGACGGGCCCGGAUUGUGUGGAGGCGUGGGAGUGGCACCCUCUUGCAUGUGUGCAGUUGGGGUCCAGUAUGUUGGUGUUGGUGUGGGAACUGUGGCCUCUUGUGCUCGUGUGAGAGGGGUCCGGAUUGUGUGGAGGCGUGGGAGUGGCACCCUCUUGCACGUGUGCAGUUGAGGUCCAGUAUGUUGGUGGUGGUGUGGGAGCGGUUUCCUCUUGUGCGCGUGUGAGAGGGGCCCGGAUUGUGUGGAGGCGUGGGAGUGGCGCCCUCUUCCACGCGUACAGUAGGGGGCCCAGAAUGUGGGCUUGUGGCGUGGGAGCGGCGUUGGAGCUGUAUCUUCUUGUGCACGUGUGAGACGGGCCCGGAUUGUGUGGAGGCGUGGGAGUGGCACCCUCUUGCACGUGUGCAGUUGGUGUCCAGUAUGUUGGUGGCGGUGUGGGAGCGGUGUCCUCUUGUGCGCGUGUGAGAGGGGCCCGGAUUGUGUGGAGGCGUGGGAGUGGCGCCCUCUUGCACGCGUACAGUAGGGGCCCAGAAUGUGGGGUUGUGGCGUGGGAGCGGCGUGGGAGCUGUGGCCUCUUGUGCACGUGUGAGACGAGCCCGGAUUGUGUGGAGGCGUGGGAGUGGCGCCCUCUUGCACGUGUGCAGUUGGGGUCCAGUAUGUUGGUGGCGGUGUGGGAGCGGUGUCCUCUUGUGCGCGUGUGAGAGGGGUCCGGAUUGUGUGGAGGCGUGGGAGUGGCACCCUCUUGCACGUGUGCAGUUGAGGUCCAGUAUGUUGGUGGUGGUGUGGGAGCGGUUUCCUCUUGUGCGCGUGUGAGAGGGGCCUGGAUUGUGUGGAGGCGUGGGAGUGGCGCCCUCUUCCACGCGUACAGUAGGGGGCCCAGAAUGUGGGGUUGUGGCGUGGGAGCGGCGUGGGAGCUGUGUCCUCUUGUGCACGUGUGAGACGGGCCCGGAUUGUGUGGAGGCGUGGGAGUGGCACCCUCUUGCACGUGUGCAGUUGGGGUCCAGUAUGGUGGUGUUGGUGUGGGAACUGUGGCCUCUUGUGCACGUGUGAGAGGGGCCCGGAUUGUGUGGAGGGGUGGGAGUGGCACCCUCUUUCACGCGUACAGUAGGGGCCCAGAAUGUGGGGUUGUGGCGUGGGAGUGGCGUGGGAGCUGUGGCCUCUUGUGCACGUGAGAGAGGGGCCCGGAUUGUGUGGAGGCGUGGGAGUGGCGCUCUCUUGUUGUAAGAGUAACAAAAAUGGUCAGAGUAGCAGGUGCGUUUGGAACAGCAUCAACAGGAGCAGAAGUGGUAGGAGAACCAGGAGCCUUAAAAGUGACAGAAAAAGGAGGACCAGGAGGAGCAUGAGCAUCAGGACGCACGGUUGAAACAAUAGGAGCACCAGGAACCAAGAGGAGCAGGAGAAAUGAGAGGAAAUGAAGAUGCUGGCAGGAUGUACAUACAAUUGCUGUGGAUUGCAGUGGAGAAAAACAGAGGACAGAAAAGGAAGAAGAGAUUAUUUUCUAAGCAUCAACAGGAGCAGAAGUGGUAGGAGAACCAGGAGCCUUAAAAGUGACAGAAAAAGAAGGAGGACCAGGAGGAGCAUGAGCAUCAGGACGUACGUUUGAAACAAUAGGAGCACCAGGAACCAAGAGGAGCAGGAGAAAUGAGAGGAAAUGAAGAUGCUGGCAGGAUGUACAUACAAUUGCUGUGGAUUGCAGUGGAGAAAAACAGAGGACAGAAAAGGAAGAAGAGAUUAUUUUCUAAGUGUCUGCUUUCAGUGUCUACUGAAAGCAGAGGACAUCAGGGAUUUUGAAGAGGACAGAAAGAAUUCAUGCAUAGGCAUCGAAAUUCAGGCCAUGGAGCUGACGCUGAAGGCUUUCACUCUGAAGGUGGUGAAUAUUCCAUGGAGGAAUAAUAACCUGAGCACCCUGCAUACAGACCCUCCUCUGUCUGAUCAAGGACAGACCAUCAUUGGAGUCUACCUGUUAGUGCUGGGAUGGCUGUCCUGGUUUGGAAACAGUUUAGUAAUGUUUGUCCUGUACAGGCAGCGGGCCACACUUCAAUCAACCGAUUUGCUCACCUUAAACCUCGCUAUCUCUGAUGCAAGCAUUUCAGUAUUCGGCUACUCCCGGGGAAUCCUAGAAAUAUUCAAUAUCUUCAAGGACGACGGGUAUUUGAUCACCUGGAUCUGGACCUGCCAGGUGGACGGCUUCUUCACGCUGCUCUUCGGCCUCGCGAGCAUCAACACCUUGACGGUGAUCAGCAUCACCAGAUACAUAAAGGGAUGCCAUCCAAACAAAGCUCAUUGUAUCAGCAUCAACACGAUUGCUGUGUCACUAAUCUGCAUUUGGACUGGAGGGAUUUUUUGGUCUGUUGCUCCACUCCUGGGCUGGGGCAGCUACACAGAUCGAGGUUAUGGAACUUGUGAAGUGGACUGGUCCAAAGCCAAUUACUCCACUAUUUACAAGUCCUACAUCAUAUCCAUCCUGAUCUUCUGCUUUUUCAUCCCGGUGAUGAUCAUGCUCUUCUCCUACAUCUCCAUUAUCAACACAGUGAAAACCACUAAUGCAAUGUCAGCUGAUGGUUACCUAACCACCCGCCAAAGGAAGAUGGAGCGGGAUGUCACAAGGAUUUCCAUUGUAAUCUGCACUGCUUUCAUCCUGGCCUGGUCGCCAUAUGCAGUGGUGUCUAUGUGGUCAGCCUGGGGCUUCCACGUGCCAAGCACAACCAGUAUCAUCACCCGCCUCUUUGCCAAGUCUGCCAGUUUUUACAACCCGCUCAUCUACUUCAGCAUGAGCUCCAAAUUCCGCAAGGACAUUUUGGUACUUCUGCCGUGCGCACAAGAGCACAGCGAGGUGGUGCACUUGCAAAACAUCACGCCCAAAGCCGAGGCCCCGCCCCCGCCUGAAUCACUUCCUGGCCAGAAGCUGGAAGUGAAAAGUGCAGCUGCAGAGCUGAGCCAAUCUGAGCACGACAGCGACUCGGGGGUCAACAGCCCUCCACAGACUCCUCCGUCUGACACACAGGUCUUCCACAUCGACGUGCCCUCUUACACUGAAACAUCAGAGUACUGGUGUGACAGGCUCUGAAGACUGUUUCCAUUUCACCUCAACCAAUACUUGAAUUCCAUGGGGAGACUGGGAGUAUUUAUUUAUUUAUUUUUUGUAUGUUAUGGUCUUAUCCAUCUUAAUAAACUGUAUGUGCAACCAGUGUUAAUAAAUUAUUUUAAGUUUCA